AUGCCUGGCAUUCUGCCUAUGAAAGUGAUUAAGGUCGGUGGGACUGGCGUACAAAGUCGGAUCGCCCAGGCCUGCGACCGAUGCCGAAGCAAGAAAAUCCGCUGCGACGGCGUUCGACCAUGUUGUUCACAAUGCGCCAACGUUGGGUUUGAAUGUAAAACUAGCGACAAACUGAGUCGGCGCGCAUUUCCUCGGGGGUAUACGGAGUCCCUGGAGGAGCGAGUACGAGCCUUGGAAUCAGAGGUCAGAGACUUGAAGGACCUAUUAGACGAGAAGGAUGAGAAAAUCGAUGUCUUGUCCCGUAUACACUCAUUCUCGCCAUCUUCGCAGCGCGCGGCGUCGAUUCAACCGCCAUCUACAACCAAAUCUCCUGCGCCCGACUCAGAGGGUGUCAUUCAUGUGAAACGGCUGUCUAAUAAAUCUUCUUCUGUGAAAUCUUCUGGGAAGUCUUCUGGGAACCCAUAUACCUCUCUAUCCAGCACCAAGGGCUUUACUGGUGCUCUUACCGACACACUGAUCAACCAGGGAAGAUCAACAACAGAUAUACCCACAACAGAACUCACCAAGCUACCGGCUCCUGUUUCUCGUGGGAUGCUCAACCAGCCUAUGAAGACGCCACCCCGUCUGGUUUCUGAUCAACUCAUCAAUAUUUUCUUCCAAGAAUGGGCAUCUUUAUACCCUGUCGUACAUCGUCCGACCAUAUUGAAGGCAUAUGAAUCAUACCUCAAUAGCUCCGACUCCUUGAAGACUGACGCCCACAUGAUGGCUCAAUUGAAUUUAAUUUUUGGAAUUGCCGCCCUCGCCUCGAAUUCGAGAACUAAUCAGGAUCCCACUUUCUUUGAGGAGAACUGGACCAGUUUCUUGGACUCAUUUUCCUGUGAAACGUCAGUGGAAAGUCUACAAUGCUUCGUUCUUGCUCAGAUAUACUGCAUGACCAAGGGUGACUACCGUAGUCUUCUUCGAUAUCGUGCUCUUUCUGUGGACAUCUGCCAUCAACUGGACCUUCAUCAAACCCCGGACAGCCAGAGCAACCCAUUGGAAGAAGAAACAAGCAAGAAGGUAUUCUGGUGUCAGUAUGUGAUGGACCGUUUCGCGUCUGCCCUAACUGGAAUGCCUGUUCUUCUACACGAGGCCGAUAUUCAGAUCGACUAUCCUGUUGAUGUGGAUGACGAGAAUGUGACUGAGACGGGAUUUUUGCCCACGCUUCCCGGCGAGUCUACUCGCAUUUCAAGCGCUCUUGCACUCUUCAGAGCCUCCCGUAUCUUGAAUAAAGCCAUGGAGGACCUUUACCCUUCAAAAUUCGACUAUGAUAUCUACGUGUCAAAGAUGCGCAUUGUCACAGAACAGUUAACAGAAUGGCUGCAUUCGUUGCCUCCUCAUCUUCGUCUUGCAUUUUCCCAAGACAAACCUAGCACGAAUGUCACAAGCAGCCGAUCACCUCUUCUAUCUCUUGUAUACUACUUCAUCCGCUCCAUGAUUCACCGCCCUGCUGUUUGCUUUGCCGACGAUAAUUUGCGUUCUCAAUCAAUUUUAGCAUUAUCUGACUCUGCCAAACAUAUUCUUCAAAUUCUCGAGCUGCUUGAUGAGCGACGACUUUGUCUCUCCUUCAGUCUUAACCGCCAAGAAUUGGUAUUCUUAUCUGGCCUGGGCCUACUGUGGCAGACUCUCGGUCUAAAACGUGACAGCAAAUUGGCGAAGGAGAGUCAGAAGUUACUUGCUACUGUUACCGAGCAACUUCAAUCGGAGUCAACUGCCGCAGCGGCCCAGUUUGGUCGCCUUUCUAGCCUCCUUCUUCCUUCUGACAGGCCAUACCAGAAAACCAAGCACUCGCCAAAUCAACCCAACGAGAUGGCCGCUCCAUCUCAAAUGCCAUCCAAAUCUCCGAAGGGACCACUGCAGUCAUUGAAGUCUCGCCUUGCAUCCAGUAUUGGCCGAGAUCAAGCCUCAAAACAAGCAUCACCCUCUCGCCGUAAUACGAUCUCUGGGUCUACGCCCCCAUUUGCAUCCCAAAACCUUCGUUCUCCAAGCUGGAGUAGCCUACCUCCCGCGCACGCAGAUCAUAUGACGAGCUCACAGUACCCGACAGCCAGACAUUCUUUGGAUCUCUCAUCAGACCCCCGAAUGGUUCCCUCAUCUAUGACAGAUGACUAUCCUCGCGCUCUAUCCUGCUCUAAUCCCUCUGACGCAACCCACGGGGGUGCGAUCACGAUGGCCGACUGGGAGUACGUCCUCACAGACAUGGAUAGAGGCUUCUCGAAUAUUUUCACCGGUAUAUAUGGCGGCAAAGAAUGCGGCGAAGACCCCGGUCCGUUUGCAUCGAUCACAGCCGAGUAUAACCAGAAGCCAGAAGAUGGAAAUCUUGCUAUUCCGCCUGCAUCCGACUUGCACGAUUUUUCUCCUGAGUCAUGGUCUGCUAGCAGUGGCGACUUUGCUCACAAGCCGGAGCAUACUGCACAAAGCGUACUGAGUUAUUCCGGUGAAAGCAUGCAAAGCAGCGAGGACAACCUACAAUCUCUCGCGGAUGCCUCUGCACACCCGGAUGAUUUGGGCUUCUUCGAUCCAUUUCAGAGUCUCCCUGGACCAAUGGAUGGAGAAAUCGAUGAAUUUGCAUUAGUCAACGGCUGGAACCAACGACUUGCUGUUUGA